GAAGACAGAGAAACACUGGGGAAGAAGAAACAGCUCUACCAUUUGUGAUCACUUCUGAUUAUCAUCAAAUUAUUUACAACUGUGUCUAUAUGAAGCUAUAGAAUACAGAAUUACAGACAAAGAGAGAUAGAGAUAGAGGCGAAGAAUGGGGACGGCGACGGCAUUGGCACCAGGGCUAUCCCGGAAGCUGAAGAAGGUAUUGGAGACCCGUACAGACACGCCGGAUCUACUGGCUUCUCUCAACACUCUCUCGACUUUCUACACAGAAAACACCGGUCACGCUCGCCGGAACCUCAGAUCUACCAUCGAGAAGCGCGCGCUAUCCAUCAAUCAGGAGUUCCUCCUCGCCUCCUCUGCCGCUCAGAAGGCCUUGGAUCAGGUGGAAGAAGAAGUCAAUGCGCUAGCCGAGUGCUGUGACAAAAUUGCUUUGGCUUUAAACAGUUGCAAUGCCACCACGGGUGAUAUUAUUAGUACCACAGAGAGGCUGAAACAGGAACUUGAAAUUACUACUCAGAGGCAAGAGAUAGUGUCUUGCUUUCUACGUGAUUAUCAACUAUCAAAUGAGGAGAUAAAUGCACUAAGGGAGGAAGACCUUAAUGAAAAUUUCUUCAAGGCACUUGCUCAUGUUCAAGAAAUACAUGCAAACUGCAAAGUGCUCCUUAGGACUCAUCACCAGCGUGCUGGUUUGGAGCUUAUGGAUAUGAUGGCCAUGUAUCAAGAAGGAGCUUAUGAACGUCUUUGCAGGUGGGUUCAAACAGAAUGUCGCAGGCUGGGUGGCAUAGAUAACCCUGAAGUAAGUGACCUUUUGAGAACAGCAGUGCGUUGCCUCAAAGAAAGACCUGUCCUUUUCAAAUAUUGUGCAGAAGAGGUUGCAAACAUGAGGCACAAUGCUUUGUUUAGAAGAUUUAUAAGUGCUCUCACGCGUGGAGGACCCGGUGGACUACCUAGGCCUAUUGAAGUGCAUGCUCAUGAUCCUCUAAGAUAUGUAGGAGACAUGCUUGGAUGGCUGCAUCAGGCAUUGGCAUCCGAAAGAGAACUUGUCCUUGCAUUGCUAGAACCAGAUGCAACUGUAGAUGCUGGGUCAACUGCACAUCAAUUCUCCAAAGGCCCAGAGGGUGAUACAGGAAAGAAGGAAUCCGAUUUAACAUUUGUUCUUGACAGGAUCUUUGAAGGGGUUUGCCGGCCAUUUAAAGUAAGAGUUGAACAAGUUUUGCAGUCGCAGCCUAAUCUUAUCAUUUCAUACAAACUCAGUAAUACCCUGGAGUUCUACAGCUGGACUAUGUCAGACUUGCUAGGAAGGGAAACAGCACUUUGUAAUACACUUUGGGUGCUCAAGGAGGCAGCUUCCAAAACCUUCUUUGACAUGCUAAAGGCUCGGGGAGAGAAACUUUUAAGAUAUCCUCCGUUGGUUGCUGUUGAUUUAUCUCCGCCACCAGCUGUAAGGGAAGGUGUCUCAUUGCUCCUUGAAAUAAUUGAUACACAUAAUAGCAUGAUGAUUCCUGCCUAUGGGAAAAACCCUUCCUUUGAUCCAGUCAUCUCUGCUCUUCUAGAUCCUAUUAUCCAGAUUUGUGAGCAAGCAGCAGAGGCACACAAGUCCAAGGGAGCCAUUCAGUCCUUGAGAAGAUAUAGAACUACCUCUGAUCCUAAUCAAAUCCGUAGAUCAUCUCUAGAUGCUAUUGUUGAGAGUGGCCGUGCCACACCAUCAUCUCAGAGUGAAACACCAGCCAAAAUUUUCCUCAUCAACUGCUUGUGUGCCAUCCAACAACCAUUGUUCGGACAUGAAGUUGCAUCUGAGUAUGUCAACAAACUUGGUCUGAUGAUAAAUGAUCACAUGCGUGGUCUUGUUGAAAAAGAAGUUGAUACCAUCCUUCGAAGAUGUGGUUUGUCAAAUAAGAUGCCUCAUUUCCGCAAGUCAUUUGAAAUCGACGAGUCUGGCGACGUAGUUGAGGGGCCACCACUAGCAGAGAUCGAAGACAUGGCUCCUCCAACUGUUGCAGAUAGUCUGAAAGCAUUCUUUGGGCUCAUUUUGGGAAGCGAGAGUACACUGCCAGAAUUCGAGCCAAUGCAAGUACCAAGACUGCGAUCAGAAGCUUGUGCACAGGUGGCUAGGUCGCUGGCCGAAGCAUACGAACUUAUUUAUAAAGCCAUCAUGGAUCCCAAGAAUCACUACCCUGAUCCCAAGUCUCUGGCUAGACAUCCACCUGAUCAAAUUAGGACAAUUUUGGGAAUUUGAUCCUGCGGCUGACACCCAAAUGAGUUUAAUCUGUCCAUUAUCUUCUGCAACAUUACAUGUAAAUUGACUUGUAAUUUUUUGCUUGAGUUAUGCUUAAAGAGAGACCUUUCCUCCAACA